AUGGCCGAGGAAGCGGUGAUUUUCCCGUCUCAGCCACUGUUCAUGGUGGACAGAGGAUGGCAACGGCGCAAGAAGAAGGCCAAGAAUGACGCACUAUUCCAGGAGCUCGAUCUCCAAACCUCGCGCGUGCCUGAAGUUACCAUCAGGGUUGCAAAUGGGCAGGCCAAAACAAGAUCAAAGUCUCCGCCUCAGGCUAGACUUGGGGACACGCAGGCGAAGGUCAAUCCAAGGGAGUCCGGUCAAAUCCAGUUUAUGGCGUACAAACCCUCGGAGAGGAAACAAAGACAGCCUGCCAAGUCGAAAAAGACCGAUCAGAUCAAAAGGACAGAGAAGCAAGUAGCAGACACGAAAGUCAAGCUUCAUAUCCCCCCUACCGAGUUAGCGGAGGCAAGGAAGGAUGUAUCUUUUCUCAAGCAGACACUUCCUGGAACAGCCACUGCCCUUUACACGGUCAUCGAUCCUGAAGUGAGCUCCUUCCAAAAGUUCAUGACCUACUAUCCUACACGCCUUGCUGCGUCCAUGUAUCCGAUCAGCAGAAAGGUGCGACUCACGUACAACCCCAUUGAAACAAUAUGGCUUCCUGCCGUUGUGACAGACGAGGUUAGCCUGCACACGAUUCUAUUCUCAUGCGCCACACACUUCUUCGUCGGGUCCGGGCAUCAAACGUUCAAAGACUCGCAUCUGCUCAUGAAGGUGAUUCUCAAUCGACUCAACCGCAGAAUCCACGACGGCAAGUAUUCGGACCUUACCAUCGGUGCUGUGUCUUGCCUGGCACUGAAUGAGAACCACAUGGGCAAUCAUCAAAAAUGGGAGAUGCAUGCUGCUGGCAUGUCCGAAAUGGUACGAGCAAGAGGCGGUUUUGGGGCUGUGAGGGAUGUGUUGCACAUGAAGAUCUAUCGGGCCGAUACGAUUGGUGCCGUUGAUACGCUCUCACACCCUCAUUUUCCGCGGCCGGUCAGAAAGACUCAAUCGCUCUACAGUGCAAUGGUGCUUCAGUCAGAUUUGACGCCCAUUGACCCGCCGAUGCUGGACCCCGAUUUGACACUGCCCGUGUCGAAUGCUCUUGCCGAGCUCACAUACUUAUGCCAUGUUCUCAACCAUGCCGCCGAUAUGCAGACCCCGAUUGAUCCUCUUGCCUUUGACGAGGAUGUGACUUGCAUUCAGCACGACUUACUCCGGUCACAAAACCCAAAGCAGGGGUUUGUCGAAAGAGUGUGCGUGAUAGCAGCUCUGAUCUUCAUCCAGACGCUCACCCGCGAAGUCCCAUUCACCAGACGUUGCUCUGGCCAUCUUUCCCGAGAGCUGAAAAUGGCCUGCCUUGCUGUCGAGCCGGAGGCGUUGUCCGAGGAGUUAAUGUUCUGGGUUCUUUUCAUGGGAGGUCUCGUGUCUAUCGAGACGGAUCAGUAUAUCUGGUUCCGGGCACGGUUGGUGCAUUCCCCGAGCCUCCGCCAUGGUGUCUUCACUUGGGAAAAUGUCAAAUGUCAACUUCGGAAAGUGUUCUGGAUCGACAGCCUUCAAGAAGACUACGGAUUGGGCCUUUGGCGAAGCAUCGACACAUCUCUCCACCUGCCUGGUGAUCCGAUCACCGCUUGGACGGAUAUGGAUCAAAGUCGUUUUCAUCAAGAAACAUAUUGA